AUGUCCUCAUUUGAAUUAAUUCUUCAUGGCCUUAAAUUAUCCCUCAAGGGUUUUAUUGAAAAACAUCUUCUCAUCGAAUCCAAUUAUGAGGUUGUUACUUCUUUUAUUGGGUUUUUAAACUCAACGAAUGAUAGAAUCAUCAAUGAAAGAAAAGGAGAAUUACUUGAAUAUUUCAUUCACCAAUUUCUUGAAGAAAACGGAAUCAUUUCAUUUAUUAAUAAAACACUUGUUUAUCUUAAUAAAAAUAAUAUGCCUCGUAUAUCCGAUGGAAACGUUGAUCUUCAUAUGAGUGGUGGUCUAGACACUGUGGGGGUCCCAGAUUUACGUGAAUUCUUGAAUACAAUUUCAAAAAAACCAGAAACAUUUGUAGGCUUUCUUGUUUCAAAUGUUGAAUUGAGUGAUAAUGCUAGAAUAGAAUUAGAAAAUUCUCCUAUUAAGAAACCUGAAAACAAAUUUCUUCGAAAACAAAAUAAAAAAAUCAAAGAUGAAUCCCAAAGUCAAAUUGAAAAACUUGAAAGCCAAAUCAUUGAUCUCAAAGAAAAGAUUGAAAUUCGAAAUCAAGACAUUAAGGAAACGUUUGAUAAUCAAUCCAGAGAAUUUAAGGAAUUCAAUAAAAAACUUGAUUUAAUUUUAA